AUGUCCAAACUCAAACACUUGAUAAAAACCAGCUUGAAAACCAUUGAGGUUCCCUCAGGAAGUAAUCUACGAAAAAUUCUCUUAGAACACAACAUUCCGCUCUACAAUGGUAAGACUCAAGCUUUUAAUUGUGGAGGUAACGGUGCGUGUGGAACUUGUGCCGUUCAAGUUCAAACCAUAGAUGGUCAUUCCAAAACUCAGAUCAUGAAGAGAACAUUGGGAGAAGAGGUCCGAUUGAAACUUCCACCUCACUUGAAUAAGAAUGAAGAUAUUCGAUUGGCGUGUCAAUGCACUGUGGAGGAAGACAUUGAGGUGCAAAAGUUUGAUGGUGUAUGUGGGCACAAGUUGGAUAAAAAAGUGUGGUAA